AUGCAGUUCUCCACUCGAGCCCUUUCCCUGGCAGUCGGCCUGUCCCUGUCGUCUGCUAGUCCCGCUCCGUACGCCUCCCCGAGGCAGAUCACCCACAAAAACCUGGUGGUCUUCGGCGACUCGUAUUCCACCGUUGGCUUCUGGCCCGGCGGCACUCUCCCGGCCGCCGGCAACCCACUCGGCAACCCUGCCCUGCCGGGCCAAACCACCUCCAGCGGCCUCAACUGGGUCGGCCACCUCACCAGUACCCUCAACACCUCGUUGCUUUUGACCUAUGACUUUGCCGUCACCGGCGCCACCACCGACAAGCACAUCGUCGACACGUACGCGCAAUACUGCGUCGACGACCAGAUUGGCCAAUACACUCAGUACGUCUCUAGCAAGAUCAACAAAGCGGAUACCCUUGUAGCUGUCUGGAUUGGCAUCAACGACGUUGGUGAGCCCUUCUGGGAUAGGCAGGCCGCUCCCGUCGCCAAGACCAUGAAUCGAUACUUCCAGCUCUUGCAGACGCUCGUCGACGAUGGUCUGGAGAACUUUGUCUUGCUCACCAUUCCUCCCUUCUCUGACCAGAUCCCCGCCAUGAUCGGCCAGCCCGAGGCCGACCUGGCCCGUCUGCGCUCAGACAUCGAGUCCUACAACCAGGCCCUGAAAGAGGGCCUCGCCGCUUUCAAGUCAUCCAACAGCAGUGUCAAGGCCCUUGUCUUCGAUACCAGGCCCUCUUUUGAUCUCGUCGUCAAUAAAUUUGCCGAGUACGGCGCCAGGGAUGCGACCUGCUACGGCUCAAGGGACUGCUUGUGGGCCGACAACUACCACGCUGGCCAGGCCAUUCACAGGCUUCUUGCAGAGAACCUAGUCAAGGCCGUUGGGGGAAACUUUGUGUUCUAA